AGCGUGCGUUAAACAUGUCGAGCACAAAGGAGUUAUUUGUCAGUAUUGGUUUGAGCGUCGAGAAAGCAGAAGAGACUCUCAAAAAUGCGUCGUUGGCUAAAUCUCUAGAGUGUUCCAUUAGAGAAGCCCUCAAGCACGCGGACAGUGUCGACUGGACUGUUGGCAAGUUUCUCUACAAUGUAGCUUCUCGUGUGAAAUCCGUAGAGAGACUAACUUUUGUCUCCAAGUACAUUGCAACAGGAAAGAUUGCGUCAGACCCUCAGACAACUGCUGCUGUGGAGUAUUUCAAGACUCAUCCUUUGGAUCCGAUUGAUGUUCGUGAUUUUGAGGCGGCGUGUGGUGUGGGUGUGUUGAUAUCUGCAGAACAAGUUAGAGAUAAAGUUCGGGAGUUGAUUGAUGGUAAUAGAGAUGAACUAAUGGCGAAGAGAUAUCGAUUCAACACUGGCACUCUUAUGGCGGAAGUACGAAAGGCCAUGAAAUGGGCAGACGGAAAGAUCAUAAAGGAAGAGAUGGAGAAGCAGGUGGCUGCUAUAUUGGGACCCAAGACUGCAGCAGAUGAUGUUAAGAUACCCAAAGCAAAAGCAGUGAAAGAGAAUGACAAGGAAAAGAAUAAGGUGGUACAUAAGGUAAAAGCUGAUGUUGCUGAUGAUGAGUCAUCGAAGACGUCAGGGCUGUUGAUUGGCGAAGCUGCUAAUUUUCAUAAAGCAGGGGAGAACUACACAACCGAAGGCUACGUGGUAACUCCAAACACAAUGAGUUUGUUGCAACAUCACCUUAACAUAACAGGCGGACGAGUCAUGACUCGUUUUCCUCCUGAACCGAAUGGUAUUCUUCACAUCGGACACGCAAAAGCAAUCAACUUUAAUUUUGCAUAUGCAAAGGCUCACGGUGGCCUUUGCUAUUUGAGAUACGAUGACACCAACCCUGAGAAAGAAGAGGAACGGUUUUUCACUGGAAUCAAAGAUAUGGUUGAGUGGCUAGGUCACAACCCAUGGAAAGUCACUCAUUCAUCAGACUACUUUCAGGAGUUGUACGACUUUGCUGUUGAUCUUAUCAAACGUGGAUUAGCGUACGUGUGUCAUCAGGAGUACACAGAAAUCAAAGGGCACAAUCCACCACCAAGCCCAUGGAGAGACCGACGCAUUGAAGAAUCACUGGCUCUGUUUGAGGACAUGAAGAAGGGAAAAAUUGAUGAAGGAAAGGCGACGCUCAGAAUGAAAUACACAAUGGAGGACGGCAAGAUGGAUCCUGUAGCUUAUCGAAUCAAAUUCGUUCCACACACGAGAUCUGGAGACGAGUGGUGCAUAUAUCCCACGUAUGACUAUACUCACUGUCUUUGUGACUCGCUAGAAAAUAUAUCACAUUCUUUGUGCACCAAGGAGUUUCAGUCAAGACGUUCUGCGUAUUACUGGCUUUGUAAUGCAUUGGAUGUCUACUGUCCCGUUCAGUGGGAGUAUGGCCGAAUGAACAUACUGUAUACUGUCGUAUCCAAGCGGAAAAUAGCUAAAUUAAUUGCUGAAGGCAUUGUCCGGGACUGGGAUGAUCCUCGGUUGUAUACGCUUGCUGCUUUGAAACGUAGAGGAGUGCCAGCUGAAGCUAUCAACAACUUUUGUGCGAAAGCUGGAGUGACAAUGUCUCAAACUGUGCUUGAUCCUGCGAUGUUGGAUGCAUGUGUGAGAGAGCAACUGAAUGCUUGUGCUUUCAGAGCAAUGGCUGCGUUGGAUCCAUUGAAAGUGUCUAUCAGUAAUUUCCUGUCCGACAAGCCAAUCAGCAUAGAGAUUUCUAAUGUUCCAAGUGAUGUAAGCCAUGGUGUUGAUCAUGGUACACAUUCUGUUCCACUUGAUCGAGUUCUUUAUAUAGACAGAUCGGACUUUAGAGAAGUAGCUGAUAAGAGCUAUAAACGAUUGGCUGUUAAUCAGCCUGUAGGAUUGAAACAUGCCGGCUUAGUUUUAUCUGUUGAAGAUGUGAUAAAGGAUUCGUCUGGCUUUGUUACUGAACUAAAAGUUCGUUGUGAUAAAUUGGAAUCAGUAGCCAAGCCCAAAUCUUUCAUCCAGUGGGUGUCUCAUCCAGUCAGCUGUGAAGUACGACUCUACGAUAGAUUAUUCAAACAUGCGCAUCCUGAAGAUCCAACUGAAGUUCCAGGAGGAUUUCUUAGCGACUGCAACAGGGAUGCAUUACAUGUGAUAUCCAAUGCUGUUGUGGAUGUGUCUGUAUUAAAAGGUCAGGCUGGUGAUCGAUUCCAGUUUGAAAGAAUAGGCUAUUUUACUCCUGACUAUGACAGCACACCAGAGAAGUUAAUUUUCAACUGCACAGUUAGACUUCGAGAGGACACUAGCAAAUGACUGUUUGUCACACAAAUGAUGCGUAUGGUUUUGUUGUGAUUUCAAGCAGACGUCUGCAGAUUAAUUUUAUUGUUUAGUCAUGUCUGUUCUUACACUUCACACUUCACUACUUUGUGAAUCUUUAUAGUCUGUGCAGAUUACUGCUAUUCUUCUAUUUUCUGACUAUUAUAGACUUUAACAUUGCAAGUCACA